AUGGACAUUGUGACUUUUCUUUUUCUCCUCGCUAUUGGACUGGUUUCAGUCUAUAUUUUCAAAACUUUCUUAAAGAGAAAAGCUACCAUAGUUACCAAACAACCAGUUCGUGAUGAAUUCACUGAAAUUAGAGAAAUGCUUUCAGGAGGUAACGAAGGCUGGACCGCUUAUAAAGACACUCCACAAGUGUCAGUUUGGGUAAAAAACUCAGAAUCUUCUGCAUUUGUGGUUAUUAAAGGGAGAAUUGUGCUAGAAAGCACCACAGCAAAGAGGGUAUUCCAUGCGAUUUGGGAUCCUAGCUUUAGACAAACAUGGGAUGAUGUCUUGUCUGAUUACAAGGUUAUUGAAGAAUAUACAGAUUAUUCUGAUCUAACUUAUUAUUAUGCCAAAAGUCCUAUGCCUUUUAUGGUUGGUCAUAAAACCCUCAGCUUCUACCCUAUCCACACAGUUCUAUAUAUAAAAAUCCGUAAUUUUAAUGAUAAAUUAAUCAACAUUAGGAAUUAUAUUUUAAAAUAAUUUAUAUAACAAAUGCACCUUUGGGUUAUAUUUUCAUUACUAUAAUAUUUAUUAUAUCGAAAAAUAGGACAGGUGCAGGAUGUUUUUUAUGGUUAGUCAUAGGGAAUUCAUACAAGUCAGAAGCUAUAAAGUCGAGGACGGGGAUUAUUUUGUGCUUUAUAGGCAUGCAGAUAAGGAAGAUAUUCCAGUCAAGAAGGAUUGUGUAAGAGCAGUCACUAUCAUCUCAGGAAAUAUCAUAGGGAAAGGAGAUGCGCCGAAUACAGUUGUAAUGGACUUCAUUAGCCAAAAUGAUGUCAAAGGAAACAUUCCGCCACAGCUGACAAACACUUUUGCGCCCGGCAAAUGCUUUGAUUGGCUUAAAAAGCUUGUUAAAGCGGUAAAUAAUGUCCCAGAUGAUAUUCAAUAG